UUCGAUGAUCACCUACACAUGCCUUGUUGUAUUACUUCCUGUCAAAAUGGCAGCGACCUUGUGUGGCAAGUUACUGCAGAGCCGGGUACGGCUGCCCCUGACACAUAAUGUUCGCCAUAUGGCCAAAGCAGUCACGCGACACAGGAAGCCAAUGCACAUUAUCAAGCAGAAGCUGUUGGCCCUCACAGAGUACAUUCCCCCUAAACCACUAGCUCCCCCAGGGGCGUUGACACCCCGCGCCAGACCAGUUCAGGAGGAGAGUGCCCUAGCGUUGAUAUUGAAGAGGGAUGUGAAGACUAUGUUCCAAGAGUGUAAGAUGAUUGCUGUCAUACAAGACAACGCUACAAAUACAGAAGAUAUGCUUCUUCUCAAAAAGAGGCUCCACAAGCAUGGCAUCACCAUCAAAUUCAUACCUAACCAGGUGAUGAAGUCUUUUCUACCAGGAAGCCCUUACAGUAAUCUAAUGCCACUAUUUAUUGGUCAGACUGUUUUAUUUGUCAGCAAAGAGCCCAAGGUGAAGGAGAUGCUUGUCUCUCUAAGGAGCAGUCCACAGAUGGUAUUGUUAGGGGCCUGUGUAGACAACACUUUGCUGUCACCACAAGGUUUGCUGAUUUACUCCAGGCUGCCUUCAGUGACAGUCAUCCAGGGAGAGUUGGUGAGUGGCCUGACCAUGCUGACCUCUCAGACGGCCUCCUUGCUACAGCGGCACCCCACCCACCUGUCAGCCCUGCUCCAGCAGUAUCUCAAACAGCAGAGUCCAGAGGCAGGUGCGGAGGACACUGCUGUGGAAAGUAGCACCACAAAGGCAGAGGAAGAGACAUAGGACAUGUGACCCCUAUGGGGAGGAAGUUAUAGGGGCUGCUGGGAAGGAAAUCAGGAGUAUGAUGUCUGGAACCUUCUGGUCUUCCACCUGUGUGACAUGCAGAGCUUGUGCUUGGGUAUGGACAGCUCUACUUGGACUUGUGGAGAAAAAAAAGAAAAGAAAAAAAAAACACCUACCAAGUGCAGUUUGUUUGGAAAUAAACUGUUUGGGGUUUUGUGUUGAUUAUCACUUAAAUGUUGUACGUAACUGUCAUAAUGGACAUAAAAGAAAAAUAAAUAUUCUGUCUUGUCUGUUG